CUUUCCGUCAACGUUGACGACGGUUGCCUCAUGCUGUGGGGCACCGACAGCAGAGUUGCUGGCGAAAACGCGUCGGCUGGUCACCCCCUGGCCAGUCGGAAGCACAGCGUCGAUCUACGUCUCGCGACUAACAACUCUCGAGUCUUGAGCAACGCCCCUGCCGUGCGCGCCACCAUCGCCGCCAUGCUUAUGAGCCCCCAGCCCCUUCCUGUCCGUUCGGAGCGUAACCUCGGGGCUGAUUUCGGAUCUGGGAUCGCGGCUAGUCGCGGCACCGCCCGGGGGCGCGUUGCUAGCAUGCGGCCUAGAAUGGUGCGCAUGGGAUUUCUCAAGGGUUCCAAGCCUCGUCGCCGCGUGCUCGGGCACACGGCUCGAGCGGCCGUGGAGUCUUCGGUUGUGUUUGGAGCUUCGGUUACGGGCACUAACUGUAAGGAGCUGGAGGCUCUAAAAAAGGACCGUCGCCAGGACGGAAAAUCUCGGACCCGGGCCCUGAUGCUUGCGCCUGUUCCCCGCCUGGACCCCACCUACCGUGCCACGUGGUUGCCCGUCAAGGCCGAUGUGCAUGCUUCCUGGCACCUUUGGAUGCCCUUCGGGGCCCUGGACUCCGGGCUCCGCGAGGCCCACAGGCACCUGUCUACGUUGCAGCACCCCUGGCGCGCGGGCAUCACUGCUACGUCGGCUACGUCUUGGUUCUGGCUCGAUGGGGCCGACGUCAACCCGUCCGACUUCUGCCCCAACACCAUCCAGGAGCUGGUGAUCAGAGCGGUUGAGCUGAGCCCUGGCAGUCCUGCAAUGUUGCUGGUCAUCUCGGACAG